AUGGCCACCAAAUUCGGAACAUCAGAGAAAUGUGUUGUCUGUACUAAGACUGUUUACUCACUUGAAAGAUUGGCUGCUGAUGAGCGUAUCUUCCAUAAAGCCUGUUUCAGAUGUACCACUUGCAACAAUGCACUCAAACUCGGUAGUUAUGCAUCAAUGGAACAAAAGACAUAUUGCAAACCAUGUUUCAAGAAAUUAUUCUUCUCAAAGGGUAAUUACUCUGAAGGUUUCGGUCAAUUGAAGCCACAACACCAACAUGACUUGAAGAAGGGUACCCCAACUGUUACCUCUGUCGAGCCAGUUCAAAUUCCAGUCAACUCUUCAGUGGUAGAACCAACCGCAACAGAAGUCGAGACUGCCUCCUCUUAA